UCCACGCUGGCAGCUCCAGCUCACCAAUAACUGUACUGUCGAUAUUUCAACAUUUGGUGACACGUUGCGUUUUUCGGAUAAACAGAACUAUGGCUAUAAAUGCUUUGACAAACCGUUCUAAAAUCAAACUAGACGAGACAUUCAGUGUAGACCGACCUACGAAACCCUACGAGCCCAAGGUACAUUUCAGGAAAGUACAUUCUGCCUUAUUGGAUUUCGUUCACAUACACGGUACUAAUAACAAUGGGAUUACUACUUUCAAAAAUAGCACAAGCUCUUCAAGGGUUCGAAAUGUUUAAGGACGACCCUGCAAGGAUAUUAAUGUUAGGACUGGAUGCAGCAGGUAAAACCACCAUCCUGUAUAAAGUGAAGCUGAACGAGAACGUGUCCACGAUUCCCACCAUCGGGUUUAACGUGGAGACCGUGAGCCCGUGCAAGGGGUUAUCCUUCACCGUGUGGGACGUGGGUGGCCAGGACAAAAUACGACCUCUGUGGAGACACUACUAUCAGAACACAGAAGGUUUAAUUUAUGUUGUGGAUAGUUCGGACAGAGAAAGACUUGCCGAAUCAAGCGAGGAAUUAUUUGGCAUCAUGGAAAGCCCUGAGAUGAAAGGAGUCCCUGUGGUUGUCAUUGCCAACAAACAAGAUUUACCUGGUGCUUUGAGCGCAGCACAAGUAAUAGACAAAUUACAGCUACGGAAACUUCCGCGUGAAAACAAGUGGCACGUGCAAGCUGCGUGCGCAACCACAGCGGACGGUAUUUACGAAGCUAUGGAUGAACUGGCACGUUUGGUAAAAGAUUUUAAGAAGCACGGCAGGGCAUAUUGAACAGAGAAAACGUAGAUGGCUUUUCAAAUUAAAAACUCAUAUACACUCGCCAGCUGAAAAGAAACGAACAGUUUUUUAUCUGUGAUCACGCAAACUCAAACUGAGCCCACUGAACAGUCAAAAUUUGUGGGAAUUUUAAGAAAGUUUACAUUAAACUUAUGCAUUCCAGUAUUACUCAUAUGCCUUUUCAUAUAUGCGACUAAACUCGUUGCAAUUGGUCACAAUCAUAUCUUUAUCGUGUCUAAUUAUUUUUAGUAUUCUUUUUCCUAAUGAUACUUUUAUGUAAUUUUAAGUGACAUUGGUAUAUGUAGGUUGUUUUCCUGAUGGUGCUUUUUAAAGAUCCGUCGUGUAGUGCAGAUGUCGAACAUAGAACAAUUUCAGUGAUAAGAUAUUUGUUAUAAUUU